CUUGGUUUAACAAUACGGUACCGCCGCGCGCUCUUGAUACAUACAAGAUACAUCAAACAAGUCUGCUCUCUGCUAAGAAAUAUAACAAAAAUAUAAAAAAACGACACAACGCAAAAAGAUGAAAAGACAACAAUGAGGAAUAAAGAAUAUAAGAAUACAGCAGCAUAAUAAAAAGACAACAACAAUUAUACAACAACAAUGAUACAACAAUAAUACAACAACAAUACAGCUAGAACAGCAUGACAGCACAACAGCAUGUCAGCACAGCAACACACCAGAACGACAUCAGAGAAGCAGAUACAGAAAAAUACAGAGACAGAAAGAGCGCGCAUAAAGCGACUGGUGCCAGGAUCGGGAAGAAUGCAUUACGCAUACUCUCAAACAAGAGACUAAGCUCUUGCUCAAGAGUUAUGUGGGACUCUGCGACUCUCUCGAAAUCGCCAUACCCACUAAAACCCGACUUCACCCAGAAGGCAGUCAUGAACCGCCCCCGUAUUGGUGGAUUUGUCAACGCUGCGCUUGAACCGCUUGGUCGUGCGGACUCUCUUCAACACCCGUCGCCUCGGGGCUCCCUUGCGACGGCGCGACUUACCAGGCGCAUGUGUUUCAGAGACGCGAACAACGAAGACGUUUUAAAUCCAACGAGCAACCUGGCUAAAGAAGAAGCUCAUCAGAUUGACCGCCCUGACCAACCGCGUCCACCCUGACAAGCAGGAUCCUCGGCGCGUACAUGAGACGGCCACGCAGAGGGACCGGGCCGACAACGGAACGGGAGUUCCUUUGAGCGAGCGCUCACCCGGUAUCUGCGCGGGCAG